UCCUCUCUCACUCACUUACCAGAUCCUCUCUCUCUCUCUCUCUCCAUAUGACAAUGUUGAUCAAGAAAGCAUUUCCCUUUCUGAUGAUAAGUUUGUUCUUCUGCUUGCAAAUUCUGAGUAGUGUGGUAAUUGUGGGUGGUGCAAAUUAUGUAACAGCUUUGAAUGGUUAUGAUAAUCAUGAUGAGGGUGUUUCAAGGACUACUGUGGGGUCAUUGGUGAGGAAAGACGAGAGGGAGUCACUUGUCUCGACAGAAUAUGGGGAGAUCUCGGCCGUUGAAAUCAGCGAUAUUGGAUCAACAACAACAAGAAGAAGAGGGCGUUACCAACUUCAGUUCAUCACCUUGGAGCCCAACGCACUAUUUCUUCCUGUACUUCUUCACAGAGAUAUGGUGUUCUAUGUCCAUACAGGGAGUGGGAGAUUGAGUUGGGUUGAUGAAGAUGAAAUGAGACGUGUAAAUCUACAACGAGGCGAUGUCUACAGACUGCCUACAGGGAGUGUAUUCUUCUUGCAGAGCAACUUAGAACAGGAACGACAGAAGCUUAGAAUCUAUUCUCUCUUCACCAACUCAAUCCAAGAUUUGCACGAACCGUCUGUGGGGGCAGCAGCAUAUUCGAGCAUUCCCGACUUGGUCCUUGGCUUUGAUGAGAAAACCCUCCAAGCAGCUUUUAACGUCACGGAGGAAGUAAUAGAAGAAAUAAGAAGUGGAACAACCCACCAAGCAAUAGUGCAUGCGCCUCCGAAAAAAGGAAGCAAAUUGUGGCAGUUCGAAGCUCAAUUCAUGAAUGCACUUUUGGGGAGCAAAGGUAAUAGCAUAUUCGAGAUCCCCAAUAAAAAGACCAAGACGUUCAAUAUCCUGAAAGCAAAACCAGAUUUCCAGAAUGGUAAUGGUAAGAGCCUAAUGGUAACCAAGAAAAAAUUGCCUGCACUAAGGGGCUCCAAUAUUGGUCUCCUCAUGGUGAACUUGACCAAGGGGUCGAUGAUGGGGCCGCACUGGAAUCCAAUGGGAAGUGAGAUAUCUAUAGUAACACAAGGCCGGGGGAUAGUUCGGGUGGUUUGUUCUAGCUCAAUGAGUGAAUCAGAAUGCAAAAACACGAGGUUCAGGGUUGAAGAAGGAGAUGUUUUCGUUGUACCCAGGUUCCACCCGAUGGCUCAAAUGGCCUUCAACGAUGACUCCCUCGUCUUCGUGGGAUUCAGCACAACAACAAAGAAAAAUCAUCCGCAGUUUCUAGUGGGAAAAGCGUCUGUUCUUCAAACUUUGGACAAGGACAUUGUGGCGGCAUCCUUUAAUGUCACCAACACAACGAUUAGUCGGCUUUUGGCUGUACAGGGGGAAUCAAUCAUAUUGGAAUGCACGUCUUGUGCUGAGGAAGAAGAAAGCAAAAUGGAGGAAGAGAUUGAGGAGGAAAAGGAGGAAGCUAGGAGGAGAGAAGAAGAGGAGGCGAAGAAGAGGGAGGAAGAGGAGAGAAGAGAGGAAGAGGAAGCCAGGAAGAGCGAGGAGGAAGCAAAGAGGGAGGAGGAAGAGAAGAGGAGAAAAGAAGAGGAAGAAGAAGCUAGAAAAAGGGAAGAAGAGGAAGCGAGGAGGAGUGAGGAGGAGCAGGAGGAGGAGGAAAGGAGAAGAGAAGAGGAGGAGCAAGCCAGAAGAAGGGAAGAAGCAGCAGCUAGAAAGAGAGAGGAAGAGGAAGCCAGAAGGGAGGAGGAAGAGAGAAGACGAGAGGAAGAGGAAGCAAAGAGGAAGGAGGAGGAAGAGAGAAGACAAGAGGAAGAGGAAGCAAAGAGGAGGGAGGAGGAAGAAGAAGAGGAAGCGAGGAGGAAGGAGGAGGAAGAGAGAAGACAAGAGGAAGAGGAAGCGCAGAGUGAGGAGGAAGAGAGAAGACGAGAGGAAGAGGAAGCAAAGAGGAGGGAGGAGGAAGAAGAGGAAGCGCGGAGGAAGGAGGAGGAAGAGAGAAGACAAGAGGAAGAGGAAGCGCAGAGGGAGGAGGAAGAGGAAGCAAAGAGAAGGGAGGAGGAAGCCAGGAGGAAGGAGGAGGAGAGAAGACAAGAAGAGGAGGCAGCAAAGAGAAGGGAGGAAGAGGCUAGAAGAAGAGAGGAAGAGGAAUCCCAAGAGGAGGAGGAAGAGGAAGAGGCAAGGAAAGAGCAACAAAAGAGAGAGCAAGCGGAAAAGAGGAGAAGACAAGAAGCAGCAGAGAGGGAGGAAGAAGAGGCCAGAACAUGGGAACAAGAAAGGAAAGAGCUGGAGAGGCAAGAAGAAACAGCUAGAAGAGAGAGGGAGAGACAACAAGAAGAGGAAGAAGCCAGGAGAGAGGAGAAAGAGGAGCAGCAGCAAGGGGAAAAGGAGAAGGGCGGCGGUAGUGAGAGUGAGCCAAAAAGAGUUCUCAAGAAAAUCUGGAAGGUUUAAUGAUGUGUUCAAUUUGCUUCCCCACCAAACCCAUCUGAUGCUUUGCUCAUGCAUGUAAGUAGAGGAAUAAAAUCAAAACCCCUGUUUUUAGCAGGAAAAAAACAAAUCUAAACCCCUUUCUAGUAUGCAGCUUGUGUUUUGGUUUUUAAAGGAACAUUAGUGUAAUAAGCUUUGUGAUCCAUGUUAAUGUUCAUGCUUGUGUAUUUGUGCAACC